UGAACUGAAGUAACCCUCUGAGUUCUUACUGUUUGGCUCACAGUGGGCUCCUUCCCUCUGUCGUCAGGAUCCUGCAACUCCCCCACAGUUACGGUCCUAAUAGGCAUAAAGGCAGUGGAAGUUUUUCCAAAUAGAAGGUUCUUGAAAUGGGUACAACGGGAAACAGAAGGCCUGCUUUUCCCGCAGAUGCAGGAAAAUGGUGCAGGAGGCCAUUGGGAGACAAAGGAUUCGCACCUGGUUGAUCAUUCUUGGCAGGAAUAUCGUUAAGAACAUUUAACCGUAUUUUCAUGUGUAUUUAAUGGAAAUAUUUUUAUUGGCAUAUGUCAUAAAAACAAAAUAAGUAAUCCCAAGGAUCUGGUUGGCUCAUUACACAUCUAAGUAUGUGUAAUUCUCUCUCCAAUGCAUUAGAGAAUUAGUGAGUUUCUAAAACUUUUAACUCCAGAAUUCAUUUGCUAGAAGUAGCCUCCCCUCUUGAUACUUCGUAGAGGCCCUUUAGAGGCCACGCGAGCUGAGCCCGCCUUGCGCAGCCGCAGUAGCGGGCUGGAUGGGCUGUCGCGAGACCUCGGCCUUGCGCAGCCGCAGUAGCGGGCUGGAGGGGCUGGAGGGGCUGGAGGAGCUGUCGCGAGGCGCCGGCCUUACGCAGCCGCAUUGAGGGCUGAGAACCGGCCAACGGUCACAGCUCUUUCCUUUGGAGCUUCUAAGGGUGCCUGUUGCUUUCUGCCUUCACCUCUCAAGUGAGUAGCCAUGAGCUGGACUGUGGGAAUCCUGCGGGCCAGCCAGAGAGCGGGCACUGUGAGGGCAAAUUUCCUAUGCCUGGGAAUGGCCCCAGGCCCCCGCCCGCCGGCAGCCGUUCCCCUCGGGGGCGCCUGGGCCGUGGUCCCCGCGUCCAAGAUGGCGACCGUCAAGUGUGAGCUGAUGAAGAAUUGCACUUCGGAGGAGCCUGUUCGCAACAGUAAGAUCUCCAUCGUAGGAACUGGAUCGGUUGGCAUGGCCUGUGCUAUCAGCAUCCUCUUAAAAGGCUUGAGCGAUGAACUCGCCCUGGUGGAUGUUGAUGAAGGCCGACUGAAGGGUGAGACCAUGGAUCUUCAGCAUGGCAGCCUUUUUGUGAAAAUGCCAAAUAUUGUUUCCAGCAGAGAUUAUUUUGUCACUGCAAACUCCAGCCUCGUGAUUAUCACGGCAGGUGCACGCCAGGAAAAAGGAGAAACACGCCUUAAUUUAGUCCAGCGAAAUGUGGCCAUCUUUAAGCUAAUGAUGUCCAGUAUCGUUCAGUACAGUCCCCGCUGCAAACUGAUUGUGGUUUCCAAUCCGGUGGAUAUCUUGACGUACGUAGCCUGGAAGUUGAGUGCCUUUCCCCAAAACCGUGUUAUUGGAAGUGGUUGUAAUCUGGACACUGCCCGUUUCCGUUUCUUGAUUGGGCAAAGGCUUAGUAUCCAUUCUGAAAGCUGUCAUGGGUGGAUCCUCGGAGAGCAUGGAGACUCAAGUGUUCCUGUGUGGAGUGGAGUGAACAUCGCUGGUGUCCCUCUGAAGGAACUGAACUUAGAUAUAGGAACUGAUAAAGAUCCCGAGCAGUGGAAAAAUGUUCACAAAGAUGUGGUUGCUAGUGCCUAUGAGAUUAUUAAAAUGAAAGGUUAUACUUCUUGGGCCAUUGGCCUCUCUGUAGCUGACCUGACAGAAAGUAUUUUGAAGAAUCUUAGGAGAGUGCAUCCAGUUUCCACCAGAAUUAAGGGUCUCUAUGGAAUAAAUGAAGACGUAUUCCUCAGUGUUCCAUGUAUCCUGGGGGAGAGUGGUAUUACUGACCUUAUAAAAGUAAAAUUGGCCCCUGAAGAAGAGGCUCGUCUGCAGAAGAGUGCAAAAACACUUUGGGAUAUUCAAAAGGAGCUUAAGUUUUAAAGUUGUUUAAAACUACCUACCAUUCUGAGGUUACUUAAGAAAGAUAGUGGUUAUGGUCCUGUGUAUGUCUAGUUUUUGAAUAAACUUUAAUUCCUAAAACUUG